AAUCAAUUCAAUUCAAUAAUGUUUUUUGCAAAAUAGACCAAUUAAUUUGAAUAUUUGGUGUAAAGGGAAAUAACUCUUGAUAGAUAUCUUAGAAAGAAUGAAGAUCUCCGGAACACAUUUACAAAAAUGUCGUUGAAUUGUUUUUAUUUCUUGUGCUAGAUGAUCGUAAUAUCAGUACUUGUAAUUCUGGAAAUAAAUUGUUGUCUUUGAUACCAAUAAGCACAAAGGCGAGCAAUGCAUUACAUGCAGGAAAAACUUAGGCAUGUGGGAGUUGCAAUCGGGCGGGGUACCUAAUUAUGAACUCCACCGGCGUCUUACGUUGCAUAAUCCCGGAAGACCCCGUGGCCAGCGUGAUGGUCGGUCGGAAGUUUCUUCGCUAGGUGUGCAGAAAAACUGGGAGAGCCAGAGAACACCGAGAGCACACGUGCCAAACUGGGUUCUCAUGUUUCAGGUCGGCCAGACGGGCAGAGAAAUAAAUCUCUGUACCGACGACCGCCACGAGCUGUGAAUCGCGUCGAGUUUCCUCGGUCGACAUCGCUCUACCGUAUCCAUUGGGUCUUGGAGUUGUUGUCCGGUGAGAAAGGGACAGGCGAGAAAAAAGUGAGAUCUCUGUAUGUCUUGUACAAAAAGAUCUCCUCUAUUUUCUGUCAUUCCUUCGUUUCUCUUUGACAGGUGUUACAUAAUCACCGAUUAUCUGAUGUUAUAGACACUUCCUGCCAACUUGGCACCUGUUCGCUAUCGACAUCCCUGGAGUUCUUGGUAGCAUCCCUGUGUGGUUAUGUAACGAUUAUGUAACCUUAACUUGCUGGCAUGUUUUAUUUAAACUUUCUUUGUCUGAUAAUCAAACUGUACUGAAUGUUAAACCUGAUAUGAUACAUUAGCCAGAUGCCUAAUAAGAUCUUUUGUUUGGAAGGGUUUAUAAACCCAGAUAACAAACGAAUCGACAGUCAGGUCCGACCAGGACACGAGAGCGUAGGCCAUGUGCGCCUAGGCACGGGACGAGACGGAAUGAGGAAGAGCGUAUUGGAGUUGGCACAUUUAUGCCAAGCUAGGACAUGGCUCCCUCAAAACAAGCUAAUUACGGAGUCUUAUUAGUUUUGUACAUAAUAUGUUAGAAGAAGAAUAAAAGUAUUAUAAGAUGCUAAACUAGUCUUGUCAUCCAGAACUUGAUUAAAGAACCAAUACUGUCACACAGGGAGACUCGGUCUGCUCACUCACGCGGGUCGAAUGGUCAAUGGUCGAUAGAAGUUAAAUUAAAAUACCGUACUCCGGAAACGCACUAGAGCAUAAAUUAAAACUGGCUCAAUAAUUCCAUCUGGGGAUUUUAAUUCAUGUUCAUGUGGCGUUGCCCUAAAUAUUAUCUCCCUUGGUCAGAUUCUCCCCCUUUGGCAACGGAAAUCGUAUCUGUCCUUGCUAAGAAUGUUCAUCGAAUUUCUUCAAGAACGCUUCAGCGGCGCCAAUGCCAGCUUAUAAUGCCAGGGUUGUUGCACUUAUUGUACCCCCUUUUAAUAUAGUGUCGGGUUUGCUUCCGGAACGUUGCAGGAUGGAGCACCCUUCAAGGGUAGUGUCUGGUGGUGCAGGUUGGAGGGCCUGUCAAGGGCAGUGACUGGUAGUGCAGGGUGGAGGGCCUGUCUGGUGGUGCAGGAUGGAGGGCCUGUCAGGGCAAUGACUGGUGGUGCAGAUGGUCGAUUGUCCUAGACUAGUAACUUGGAUUAACCAUAUUAUGUGACACGACACUAUAGUUGCCUUUAACCGGCAUUGUUGUCAGAAUUAAUAAACGGUGAUUAUUAUUGUUGAUAAGUAUACUCUGUUUAUUGUUAGAUAAUUGUCCAGAGGAGAUUAUAACCAGUAAUUAUACUGGUGUGAACGUGGAAUACAGAAUACCAGAAACAAUUCAUGGACAGACAUGGGAAACAGAGGACAUUUGUUUUGUCGAUGGCGCUCCUAUAGGUGUAAUAAAAUGUUUUGACGCCGUUUGGAGUAAGAUGAUCUUUAAUGAAAAUUGUAAUGUCCAAGAUUCAUUGAUGUCAGGGGUUACGACCAAUUUGUCAGAAAUAGCCCGGAGUAACUUAACAGAUAAUGUAAAGGAAAAUCUUGUAAAAGUCAAAUUUUUGACGUCUGUACCUGAUGAAUUGACACCUCUAGAUGUGAUUUACACUACGAUUAUAUUAGACGGUAUUUCUAAAACAGAUAAUAUUACACAACAGGACGCCACUAAUUUCAUCAACACCAUCAACAACAUACAAAAUAGUAAAGAAAAAGUUGUCACAGAAGCAAAUGAGGAUGUCAACAUUUCAAACAAAUUGAUUGCUAGCUUAGAUGAACUCGAACUGAGAAUUCCCACAGAUGACGACGAUGGUCAUUUUAGAUUAGUAACCAAUAAAACAGUAGUAGAAGUUUGGAAUCUGACCAAACUAAUGAGAAACCCUGUAAUUGGCCUGUCGGUUAAUGGUGAGGAUUCUGAUCCAAUAGAGUUACUUGAAAACAGUACCCUAUCGUCGUUGUACGAAAACACUGAACUUAUUUACAAAACAACGACUGCUGGGAUUCUGUUAAAUAAACAAUUUGUUAGAAGAACAAUAUCAGAGAAGAAUACAAGUGAUAUACGAUUAUCUAUGCGUGUGUUAAAUUCCAGUAAUCUUUUUAUCACUGAUAAUAAUGGUACAGUUAAUAGUAAAGUUAUAUCAGCUACAUUAACUAUAGAUAGAAAACCUGUUGUAAAUUUAAAUGGUUCAUUCGUUACCACAGUUUUCUUUCCACAAAAUGUUUUACAAGAUAAAUAUCGAGAGAAAUACAGUCAUUGUGUAUUUUGGGAUUUUAGUUUAAAUAAUGCGCGUGGUGGAUGGUCGAAUGACGGUUGUCGUUAUGUGAACACAACAGAAGAACGAGACGUCUGUGUUUGUGACCAUUUAACAAACUUUGCUCUUCUUAUGGAUUUUUAUGGUCAGGACUAUUUGGUAGAACCAAGUCAUCAGCAAGCUCUAUCUAUUAUUACCUAUAUUGGAUUAAGCCUUUCUAUAAUUGGAUUAGGAUUAACAGUUUUAAUGUUUCUGAUCUUUAAAAAACUACGAGAACGUCGACCACAGCACAUAAUGUUUAAUUUGGCACUAGCCAUGUUGUUUUCGUGGAUCGUAUUUCUGGCGGGAACCAAGCAGACUGGUGAUCACGUUGGCUGUAUUGUUGUAGCUGUCUUGCUACAUUAUUUCAUCUUGGCAUCCUUCAUGUGGAUGUUAGUGGAAGGCAUCCUUUUAUAUUUUAUGUUUGUAAGAGUUUUGGGAACCUAUGUCAGCAAUUUUGUGCUUAAGGCGGCAAUUCUAGCCUGGGGUUUACCAGUUUUACCAGUUGUGAUCAUGCUAGCCAUUGAUGUAGAGCUGUAUAACGGUGGGGAAUCGUAUUGUUGGAUGGGACUACAAGGAUUGUAUUAUGGUUUUGCUCUACCUCUUGGUUUGAUUAUAUUGACUAAUAGUAUCAUCCAUAUUUUGGUCACGCGCAGUAUCUGUAGCAGACAAAAUCUCAACACAACAGUCCUUCAACACUCAGUUACAAACAUCAGAGCCUCGUUCUGCUCUUUCAUUCUUUUAGGAUUAACCUGGAUUUUUGGAUUUCUGGCAAUAUCAGAUGCUCGUGUGGCGUUUCAGUAUGUCUUCACAAUACUCAACUCUCUACAGGGUUUCCUUAUAUUUAUCCUUUUCACUGCCAGAGAUAAACAAGUCAGAGAUUUCUGGAAACAACUUUACUACCGAUGAGUAUAACAUCAAAAUCUUCAAAGGCCACCAGUUCCAGUACGGCCUUAUAGGGAUGAUUUCAAUUUUACUGAUAUCAGACAAAUGUUGUCAAUUACCAAAACAGCUAUAUUUAACAGAUAACAAUAUAAUGAAAUCAAAUCCACUAAAAUUAAUCAAACGAUUCAAGUGAAAUAUUAAUAAAUCCAUAAAUCCAAUUGGAUAUAUUCUUUGAUCCAUGGAUGUAAUAUAAUUUAUCAUCACAACUCAUAAAUUCAGUAUAAUUUUUUAUCAUCCAAAUCGUAGAUCCAAGCACCUAAAUCCAUGAGUAUUGACAACAGUAGAUACAGGAACACAGUAUAAAUAUCAUAAUAAUCCAACAGUAAGCUAUAGUAGAUACAGUAUAAGAUUCUUAUAAUCCAACAGUAGGCUAUCAUAGAUACAGUAUAAGUAUCAUAAUAAUCCAACAGUAGUCUAUCUUAGAUACGGGAAUAUAAUAUUGUUAAUCACCUCGAUACAGGAAUAAAAAUGUAAAUUUAUAUCACUAUAUUAUUUUGCUUGAUCUUAUGUUAUUAUGUAUACCUUUUAUCCUGAUUUUUAUUUUGUUUUUGUCAUGCUUUUGUUAAUAAUGAAACGACCUUCGUUUCUCGUUUCGAUCCCUGCAUUGGCGGCGAAGGUUCAUCCAGAUUUUCCGGCGUGGUUCUCCCUUGUCAGUGAUGGAGGACGGAGGGGCUGACAGGGAAAGCUGUCUAGUCGUUCGAAUGGGACGAAAAACCGAGGUCCCGUGUACACAUUGGCGUGCACGUAAAAGAUCCCUUGGCAGUUGGAAUUCGAUAUAAGAGUAGGCCGUAGUGCCGCUGUCCGGGCAAAAUUUCCCUCAUAGCACACUGUGUGGCGUAUGCCCGUCUUCAUUAGCCCAGGUUAGGAGCAGAACAGUAGGACGUUAAACCCUAUUUCAUUUCAUUUCAUUUCGUUUCUCGUUUGUUAUUAUAAGGGUAGAUAACCAUAUUCAUGUCCAUUUACUGAAUGGUUUAUGUAAAAAAUGUGUAUAUUUCUAAUUCAUUUAUAUUUAAUUGUAUUAUGAAAAUCAUUACCAGUAUUAUUAUGUUUGUUAUUACUAAACUUAUACUUGGUAAUUUGAUGUUGUAGUAUGUGAUUGUAGUCUAGUUCAAUCGCCGAAGGUAUUCUCGUCGAUAUUCGAGUUUAAUUGAUCUAAGAUUACAAAACCGUCUAAUCAACAUUCCGGGGAUAGCGAGUUGUUACACCUUUCUCAUUAAACAUACAUAUAUAUGUAUAUAAUUACCUAUCUACCUGAUCUUCAAUAAUAUAUUAUAUUUAUAUAUUAUAAUUAAUAAAACUGUUGAUAAUAAAUACGCAUUUAGUAUAA